AUGGGUUUCGACCAUCACUGUCCCUUCUUCGCCAACUGCCUGACCGCCCCCUACGUCCCCGCUUUCCUAGCCCUCCUGCUCUACACCCCUCCAACGACCAUACUCCUCUCCUUGCCGCUCUACCCUCUCCUCCUGCGGCGCGCCUCGGCAGCAUAUCAUCUCGCGCGCGUCUCUGAUUCGAUCAAAGGAUGGUGGGACUGGCCUUGGAGCUGGAUAGUUGCUGGCGGGCCAGUCGGGCGGUGGGUAGGCGGCGUAGUAUUGGGAUGGAUGCAAUUGGAUCGGAUGAGCGUUGGUGGGCCUGGGAUCGAACGGCUGGGAGUAGGGGUCAUGGUUGUUGUUGGUAUUGUGUUGGCACUGAUCACAUCGGGGCUAGCAUACUCGACGCUACAGACCAUCAAGAAAGGCGACCUCACUAUCGAUACUGAACGCCGAAAAUCAUAUCACAUCGCCAGCCGAGCAGCGUCCGGGCACUCUACCCUCUUCCCCUCUGAGCCCUUGCCUCAGCACAUCGCCGACGGCCUCAAACGGUUCGGCGGGCCAGCCUUCUACAUCCCGAAUCCCGAAAGCGAGGGAGAAGGACAUAUCGUCCAACCGAAACUUGAGAUGGAGCUGUAUGAUUUUGGAGAAACGAGGAACUGGAAGUUGGUGCUGGGUUCCAAGGGUUGGGGGUGGUUGUUACCAUGGAGGGCUUUGGGGAAGAGUAUGCCGGAUGGGCAGGUCAUGCAGUGGCCUAUUGAAGAGGAGGUUUGUCGGAAACUGGGGGAGAUGUAA